AUGAUCUAUGAUCUCCUUCUGGCUGUAUUGAUUUGGCGACCAGUCGCGGCCCAAUACUCACCUCGCCUACCGAUCAAUAUUGUUGUCGGUCUUCCGAAAGAUGAGGGCCAUGUCUUCAAAAACCCGUUCAAGUUGACGCUUUCUAAAAGCCAACCGGUAUUUGACGUGGCUGUUGAAGAUGUCUACGAGAAAUACCAGCUGAUGCCAUUCGGAUCGUUGCGUGUCGUUUACGAGGACACACAGUUAAGCGACGCCAUUGCACCACAACGAAUGGUAGAACACUACUGUAAUCGGUCGGUGGAUGCGGUGAUGGGCAUGGCAUACGUGUACGCAUUGGCACCUGUGGCACGGAUGAGUGCUUUCUGGUUUGGUGGCGUGCCAGUGUUCACUACAUCGGGUCUGGUUGACGAACUCGGCGAUCGGAAGGAGUUCCCAUUACUCACUCGAAUGAUGGGUACCUACAGAACGCUUGGAAAUCUAAUGUACGAGAUAGCACGGUCGCUCAGCUGGCAUCAUUUCUACUUUAUUUUCAAUGAUGAGGCUGGCAUCGAAGGUGGCAAGGGUUUGCCGCGGUCUGAGUGUUAUUUUUCUCUCAACGCGAUCCGUAAUCGCAUCCAGAAGGAGAUCAUCUGGCAUGUGGACAUGUUCUCGACUAGGAACGCGAGCCGCAAAAAGUAUUCGGAUCUGCUCAAGAAGGUUUCCAUGUCGAGCAACAGUGAGUUUUACUAUAUCGGUCUGGCUCCAAUCAAUCCUCGCGUCCAUAAAUUUUGUUCCAAAACCCUGCGAGGCCACUUUCUCGUAUCGACGUGCUGCGCCCUUAACCAGCAGCAAAAGAUUCAUGAGAGAAGACGACUUUCUACGCCUCUCAUUUGGUUAUAA